AUGGACAAGAUACUAAUUUCUGUGGGUCGUGGUGGUAUGGAUUCUAAAGUUGAAGUGACUAAUGACGGUGCGACAAUAUUAAAAAAUAUUGGAGUUUAUAACCCAGCAGCUAAAAUAUUGGUCGACAUGUCGAUGGUUCAAGAUGGUGAAGUUGGUGAUGGUACUACAUCGGUCACUGUGUUAGGUGAAACAUUUUCACAUCUUAAUACAUCUGAUAAUUUCAAAAAUUAUGAUUAUUAUGAUUACAAAAAUCAAAGUCUUCGAUUUUCUUAUGUUAAGAAGACUAUUGAACUAUUGUCUCGUUUAAAAGAAUGUCUGUUAAAGCAUUCUGAUGAUUCUACUGAUAUAAUUUUAAGUGCUAUUAAUUGUGCUACAGUAUCAAGAUGCAUACAUUAUGUCGUCACUCAUGGUUUUAUUCCAUGUUUUAUACCAAGUAUAUGGAAAUCAUUUGAGAAUAACCAAAAAUAUGAACAAACCAUCAAAAAUAUUUCACCUGACACAACAUAUGAAGAACUAAAAUUUAAUGUGAAUUCGUUUUUUGAUCUGAUAAAAGAGCCUACAUUAAAAAGACUUAUAUUAGUGAAACAUACAAAUGUUUUAUUAGCAGGAGUAUGUCAAUUAUGUUUAUUACCCAUUGCAAAACCCGGUACUGGAAUUGCAACAGAAAGUGCUAUAGAUGAAUUAAAGUAUGAGCAACUGAUGAACGAACAGAAAACAUUUAAAAAUAUUCUCAAAAACCUAAUUUUGAUAAAUAGAGAUCCUUUAUUUAUCCGAGAAAUAAUAUUUGUGCUUGGUCAUAAGAAUUGCCAAAAACAUAUAAAGCUUGGACUUGGAGAAUUAUUUUCAGAUUUGUUGAUACAAUCUAAUGGAAUUCAAACAUUUUUAAGAGUUGCGUGUGAUUUAAUUUCUGAAACAUCACAAAACUUUAACCAGCAUGGUCUUCAAGAAUGGUCAAAUUUAAUCCAUAAUUAUUACAUAAAAUCAAAAAUGAAGUAUACUGAUUAUAUUGUACCUCAGAUAUUGGAGUUAUUAAGAUCAAACACAAAUUUUCAUCAACUCCAAUUUCGAAGCAUUGCUGUUUUUUGCGUUCAUUUAAUGUCAAUAGAAAAUUAUAAUGAUUUUCUAGCAUUAUAUAUAAUCCCAAUUGAACAAUUAAUGAAAAUAAAUAAAAUUCAAAAUGAUGAAAGUAUUAUAUUUUCAAGAUGUAUUGAAGAUUUACAUUCCCUUUUUUAUUUAUUCAGGAAUGAAAUUUGGUCUUUAAAUCCAAAAUUAUUGAUGCAUGUUGCUGCAACUAUAUACAAUGUGUACACAGCUGUUGCUAAUGGUGUAUAUUAUUUAAAAUCUAAACUAGAAGAUUUAGUUUUCUUAAUAUUUAUUCAUUUUUCUGAUUGUAAAGAUCAUUUGAAACUGAUAAUAUUUUCUCAAUACCAAAUUUCUGUAAGAUAUGAUGAUGAUAGUGGAAAUAUACAAAUAAAAUAUGUUGAAAAAGAACACCAGUUAAAUUUAGAAAAUCAAGUUGAUUUGAUUUUAGAUUUAAUAGACAAGCGUGCAGACUCAAAAUUAAUGAAAACAAUGUUUAUAACAUUUCUUGAUAUGUACACAGAUGUAUCAUCAAAUAACUAUUCUAUAAUGGAAAAACUAUUCAUUGUUAAAGCUAUUCAUCACUUAAUUGAAAAAAAUGAUGUACAAAAAUCAAUAUCUACUGACCCAGAAAUAGUUUUAAAUUUCAUUAAGUCAAUACUAAAAGUUAUAAGUGAAAAUAAUGUAAUUGAUGUCGAAGUUCUCUCAAUCGCAUUGAUGGUACUUGGAUGUGUAUUAGAAAACACCAAUAAAAUUUAUCAAUUUGACUGUAUCAUUGAUUACCUCACAAAGAUUUUAGAGAUUGUAAAGGAUGCCAUAUUUAAAGAUUUGAUUCUAGAAACACUAGAAAAAAUUAAACAGAUUCAUAAAAUUUGUUCAAAACAACCAGUAGGUAUUCAACGUACAAUUGAUGAUGUGUUAUUUGAUACCAGAGACCCAUUGUUACCUAGUAGAUCACAUGCAUUAAUGGAGUUAAAAAAAUUGAUAGAAUCCGGAGAUAAAAUGGUUCUUGUGAAGAAAACCGCAAUAUUAAUCGUGAUUCAGGAAAAUUUGAAGAACACUGAUUCAUAUUUGUAUUUAAGCGCCAUAUUCACAUUGUCUUCAUUAUGUUUGUAUUAUCCAAAUGAUAUUCUACCAAUACUUUGUGAAGAGUACAGCAUGCCAACAAAUUACAACCGUUCACCGGAAACUAGAUUAAAAAUCGGCGAAGUUUUGAUGAAAACUGUUAAAUCACUAAAUGAGACUAUUCCUUUGUAUAAAAACCGAUUACUUAACACUUUUAUGGCGGGCGUCAGAGACCGUGACCAUUUUGUGAGAGCAUCGAGUCUUUCCAAUCUCGCUGACGUUUGUCGAAUUUUGCGUUAUAAUCUUGGAUCAAUUGUUGAAGAAAUAGUUAAAUGUGUGGAUGAUGUACUGCGAUUUGAUCCAGAGAUUGAACCCCGUAGAGCAGCUGUUUUAUUAUUACAAAUGAUCAUUGAAGGAGGAGAUUCAGAACUACUUAAAAUUUUGCCUGACAAAAUAAAAGAUAUCUACCACAUGCUCAAGUACCAAUAUGAGUGCAACAAAGAUGAAACUAUCAAACUACACGCUCAGGUGGCAAUAGAGAGAUUGAAUAAUAUUAUUAAGUCAUUAUUUUUUAAUAAAAAAUAA